CUGCAAUAAAGAUACGUCGGCAGGCUUCCUUCUGGGACAGAGAGAAAAAGACGGUCAAACCGGUCGAUUCGAUCAACCUUCGAUAACCAUUCCUUCCAUCCACGCUAGCCCGCUUUGGGGUCCCAGAAGUCGAAUUGGCCAACAAUUUGCCGCCUGCCAUUUAAACCUCGACGACUUGUCAUCCUUCCUUUAAGAGAUAGUCAGUCCUGUUGGUUAUCUCUGUUGGUUUGCAACUGCUCAUAUCGCCCAAUAAAUUGUGGAGCUGCGACGGUAUCGAGUAGUUGUUUGAUUAAAUCCUCCCCAAUUUACUCCGUCCCCAGUCAGCACCGCAAAUACUCCGAUCCUCCGGCUUCCCGAACUUAGCCUCUUUUUAUUUCUCAAUCAAAUCCCCUCCUCCCUCCUUCUUCUCCCCGCACAAGUCGAAUUCCCAUCGCUUUCGGACUCGCAAAGAUGGCGCCACCUAUUACCGUCGUGCCGUCCCUCGAGACCGCCAGCGAAGUUAUCGCCCAGUCGAAAAAUGCGCAAUUUCCUCCUAACCUCCUUCCGUUGACUACGUCGAUUCCGGCCGACCUGUUGACCCCCACAUUGGCUUAUCUGAAGAUCGCGGAGAAAUCUAAACUGUCCUUCCUCUACGAGAGUGCUGCGACGACCGAGACUAUCGGCAGAUACAGUUUCGUCGGUGCUGGUCCCCGCAAAAUCAUCAAGACCGGUCCCGGUCAUGGCCCCGAGUGCGACCCCAUGCCCAUCCUGGAGCAGGAACUCUCCGGCUUUCGGGUUGCGACGGUGCCUGGCUUGACACUGCCCCCGCUCACUGGUGGUGCCAUUGGAUACGUGGGAUAUGACUGCGUGCGGUACUUCGAGCCCAAGACGGCUCGGCCGAUGAAGGAUAUCCUCCAAAUUCCGGAGUCGCUUUUCAUGCUGUUCGACACGAUUGUCGCCUUCGAUCACUUCUUCCAGGUCGUCAAGGUCAUCACAUACAUUUCCAUUCCCGGCAACGACUCGGAACUUGAGUCCGUCUACCGCCAAGGACAAGAGGUUCUCCAGCGGACCAUUGACGUCCUUCUUCGACCAGACUACGCUCUUCCGCCUCAAGGCCCGAUCAUUCAGAACCAGGAGUACACAUCGAACAUUGGACGGGAAGGAUACGAGCGCCAUGUUACACGGCUCAAGGAGCACAUCUCCAAGGGUGAUAUUUUCCAGACGGUGCCGUCGCAGCGGUUGUCCCGGCCGACGUCGCUCCAUCCCUUCAACCUCUUCCGUCACCUGCGCACGGUCAACCCGUCGCCGUAUCUCUUCUACAUCGACUGCGAAGACUUCCAGCUGGUGGGAGCCAGUCCCGAGCUGCUGGUCAAGGAGGAGAAGGGGCGGAUUAUCACGCACCCGAUUGCGGGCACGGUGAAGCGGGGGAAGACGCCCGAGGAGGAUGCGGCACUGGCCAACGAGCUGACGAGCAGCAUCAAGGACCGGGCGGAACACGUGAUGCUGGUGGACCUGGCGCGCAACGAUGUGAACCGGGUGUGCGACCCGAUCACGACGCAGGUGGACCGGUUGAUGGUGGUGGAGAAGUUCUCGCACGUGCAGCAUCUGGUGUCGCAGGUGUCGGGCAUCCUGCGGCCGGAGAAGACGCGGUUCGAUGCGUUCCGGUCGAUCUUCCCGGCGGGCACGGUGUCAGGAGCGCCCAAGGUGCGGGCGAUGCAGCUGAUUGCGGAGUUGGAGGGCGAGAAGCGCGGAGUGUAUGCGGGAGCGGUUGGCUACUUCGGGUAUAACAUCGCCAGCGCGGAUGGCCAGACGGAGAUGCCGGGGGCGAUGGACACGUGCAUUGCGCUGCGGACGAUGAUGGUGAAGAACGGGGUGGCCUACCUGCAGGCGGGCGGAGGCAUUGUGUUCGACUCGGACCCGUACGACGAGUACGUGGAGACAUUGAACAAGCUGGGGGCGAACAUUGCAUGCAUCAAGGGGGCGGAGGCGAAGUAUCUGAGUCUGGAAGAGGAGAGUCGCCGUGCGUAGAUGAUGCACUGGUUGCCUUGUAUUUCCUUCUUACCCAUUUCUCUUCCAUUUUCUGAGGUUUAUAUUUCCAUCAUCUUUAUGUUCUACGAUUCCAGGGAUUUGCAUGUGUCAGGAAUAACCUGAUAGAUUAUGAAUUUGAGAGCAUCUAGCAGUACUAAGGUACUUAUGAGUGUUAGGGUUUCUAGGGGGGAAGUAAAUAGUAGUAUGAAGCUAGUAGUAAAUAUGAGUUCGAGAAUUGCAGUCUGCGUUUUGAAGACGGGAGAGAAGGUCAAGCCCGACGGAACACGACGGACUGCCAAUCC